AUGGCUGACAAGGAAGCAGCCUUUGAYGAUGCAGUGGAAGAACGUGUAAUCAAUGAGGAGUACAAAAUAUGGAAAAAUAAUACCCCUUUUCUUUAUGAUUUGUUGAUGACCCAUGCUCUGGAGUGGCCCAGCCUAACAGCACAGUGGCUUCCAGAUGUAACCAGACCAGAAGGAAAAGAUUUCAGCAUUCAUCGACUUGUCCUGGGGACACCCACAUCAGAUGAGCAGAACCACCUUGUGAUAGCCAGUGUACAGCUCCCUAAUGAUGAUGCUCAAUUUGAUGUAUCACACUACGACAGUGAGAAAGGAGAAUUAGGAGGUUUUGGCUCAGUUAGUGGGAAAAUUGAAAUAGAAAUCAAGAUCAAYCAUGAAGGAGAAGUAAAUAGGGCUCGUUAUAUGCCCCAGAACCCUUGCAUCAUUGCAACAAAGACUCCAUCCAGUGAUGUUCUUGUUUUUGACUAUACAAAACAUCCUUCUAAACCAGACCCUUCUGGAGAGUGCAACCCAGACUUGUGUCUCCGUGGACAUCAGAAGGAAGGGUAUGGGCUUUCUUGGAACCCAAAUCUCAGUGGGCACUUACUUAGUGCUUUAGAUGACCAUACCAUCUGCCUAUGGGAUAUCAGUGUCAUCCCAAAGGAAGGAAAAGUGGUUGAUGCGAAGACCAUCUUUACAGGGCAUACAGCAGUAGUAGAAGACGUUUCCUGGCAUCUGCUCCAUGAGUCCCUGUUUGGGUCAGUUGCUGAUGAUCAGAAAUUUAUGAUUUGGGAUAUUCAUUCAAACAAUAUUUCCAAACCAAGCCACUCAGUAGAUGCUCACACUGCUGAAGUGAACUGCCUCUCUUUCAAUCCUUAUAGUGAGUUCAUACUUGCCACAGGAUCAGCUGAUAAGACUGUUGCCUUGUGGGAUCUGAGAAAUCUGAAACUUAARUUGCAUUCCUUUGAAUCACAUAAGGAUGAAAUAUUUCAGGUUCAAUGGUCACCUCACAAUGAGACUAUUCUGGCUUCUAGUGGCUUUUUCCUAGAUAAUGAAGGACAAGAACAGUGA